AUGCUGCUGCGCCUGAUUCCGACGCUGUCGGGCACGCUGCCACCCCUGCUGCUGCAGCACUUUCCACACAAGCACGAGCGCACUAUGUCGCAGGUGUUCGAGUACUGUGAGGCACUCACAGAGCCUAUCUGGUCGGCCAUCAUUGAUCACGCGCUGCAGGUGGAUGUGGCGAUCCAGGUCGAGCUGGACGAGCUUGAGGACCACGGACUUGAGCAGGCCGGUCCAACGAAUCUGGAUCCAGUGCUGGAUGGUGACACAGAUGCCGUCUCAGAGCCUGAAACGCCCGAGGAUUUGGCACUAUCGGUGCAUGCCGCAGACGAUGUCCUGGACUCGCUCGAGGACCUCUCGGACGAGGAGGGCUAUGAUGCCUCGGAUGCACUGUCUUCUGCGGCGCCCGCGCCUGCAGAGCCAUCAUGGAACGAAAUUGCAGUACUAGCGGGCAAGCUAGAUGCCAUCAUGAAGGCGAUAUACCAGUUCCUGGAUGGACAUGUCGGUACACUUGCUCACCACGACGUGCACGUCCGGCGACAUACGCUCUACCAGACGCUGCUUGGCAUUUUCACGCGCACGGUACUCACUACGUUCAAGUCGCGUCAUGUACAGUUUAUCUUGUUCUGGUUCGCAUCAUUGGACCAUGAGUUCGCGGACAUGUUUCUCGGAACCCUGCUAAGCAAAAGUUUGUAUGCGACGCCCGCAGCUGGUGUCGCCGGCGAGUCGGGUGAGUCGUCCGUUGUCCUGCGCAUUGCGGCCGCGAGCUACGUGGCAAGCUAUGUUGCGCGUGCGCGGUACAUCGAUGCGCCCACGACUCGGAUGGUCGUGCUGAACUUGUGUACGUACAUGGAUGCGUGCCUCGAGGCAUUCGCGUCACAAGGCCGCUCUGCGUCGCCGCCUGGCGCGCGCGACCAUGCUGUGUUCUACGCGGUCGCUCAAGCAGUCUUCUACAUCUUUUGCUUCCGCUGGCGUGAUCUGCGUGACGGCACUGUGUCCGAUGCGCCGCCCGUGCCUGACGAGGAUGGCAUGCCGUCACUCGCAGCGACCUACCCUACUACUGGCUCCCUUGAGCUCUCGCCCCAACUUAUGCCCAUGCUCCAUGCAUCGUCGCUGUCCAGCGUCUCGUCGACACACUCGAUGCAGGGUGAGCGUGGCUGGGCCCCUGGCCUUGCUGUGGUCCAGCGCGCCAUUACUUCCCCAUUGAAUCCUUUGCGCUACUGCAAUGCGCAUGUGGUGCAGCAGUUUGCCUACGUGGCGCAACAUACUGGCUUUCUGUACUGCUACUCGGUACUCGAGGCCAACAGCCAGCGGUCCACCACGGAUGCGCCUGCUUCGCCGGCAGUCGCGCGGCGCGUGCGGGGCACGACGCGCGAGUCGACGCCUACAGCUGGUACAGCUACUGCGCGCUCUGCAGCGGCGCCUACAGCGCCAGCGGCGCUCCCUACACCCGCACUCGAUGUCUUUUUCCCGUUCGAUCCCUACCGCUUGCGCGACUCUGCGGCGCUUGUGCGUCGCCUAUACCGUGACUGGUCGGACGUGGCGCCUGAUGGCGAAGGUCUGGACGAAGACGAGGAGGACGACGAAGACGAUGCACCUCCGAGCGAGAGCGAGCUCCAUCCUAUUCCGCUUGGGCAGCGUGCCCCUAUGAGUACGAGACUGCGCAUAAGCGACGCGGGCCCAUCGCAUACGGGCUAUACCCCCGAAUCGAUCGCCCAGAGCCUCGAAGCCAUGAGUAUUAGUCCCUAUAGAGGCUAA